AAAAUAUCUUAUGCAAAAUGAAAGAAAAGAAAAUUCACUGUCUAAAAUUAAAUAAAUGUAUUUGACGAGUCGCAUUCAGACAGGCAAAACGCCUCUAGCUACCUCCACAUCACCUGCCUCUCUCUCUCUCACUAUAUAGUAGUAGUAUAAAUAUUUUGUCUUCAUCGUUUUCGCGGUGGCAACUGGUGUUGCAGCCGGAAAAUCAUUGAAAUUUGGUAGAAAUGUUUUCUGCUUUCGUGAUUGUAAGAGGCCAAGUGCUGUAACUCUCUCUGAAGAUUUAAGCAAACAUGUAUAAAGCAAGAUUCGGUGAGCAUGGCCAUGAAUCCAUGGAGGAGGAGCCCUACGUUGAAACUGAUCCCAGCGGUCGUUAUGGUCGAUUGGAGGAGGUAUUGGGGAAGGGGGCGAUGAAAACGGUAUACAAGGCGAUUGAUGAGAUGCUUGGGAUGGAGGUGGCGUGGAAUCAAAUCAGGGUCAUCGACUUGCUUCAAUCUCCAGAGGACUUGCAACGUCUCUACUCCGAGGUUCACCUUCUCAGCACCCUCAAUCACGCCUCAAUCAUCCGAUUCUACACUUCUUGGAUUGAUGUCGAAAACAGAACAUUCAAUUUUAUCACCGAAAUGUUCACCUCCGGCACCCUCAGAGAGUAUAGAGCUAAGUACAAACGAGUGAAUAUCCGAGCUAUAAAGAUAUGGUCUCGACAAAUACUUGAAGGCCUCAUAUAUCUGCACAACCACGAUCCUCCAGUUAUACAUAGAGACCUCAAGUGUGAUAACAUAUUUGUUAAUGGUCACCUCGGGCAAGUGAAGAUCGGUGAUCUUGGAUUGGCAGCAGUUCUUCGAGGUUCACGUAGAGCACACAGUGUUAUAGGUACGCCUGAGUUCAUGGCGCCCGAGUUGUAUGAAGAAAACUACAACGAACUUGUUGAUGUAUACUCGUAUGGAAUGUGCAUCUUGGAGAUGAUUACUUCUGAAUAUCCUUAUAGUGAAUGCACCAAUCCUGCUCAGAUAUACAAGAAAGUGAUAUCAGGUAAGAAGCCAAGGGCAUUCUACAAAGUUCAAGACUUGGAUGCACAGAGAUUCAUUGGGAAAUGUUUGGAGACUGCAUCGAAGAGACUGUCAGCCAAGGAACUAAUGCUCGACCCGUUCCUAGCUGUCGAUCAAGCUGAUGAUCGCUAUGAAUCGAGCAUCAGGUGCCAAAAGCCUUUCUUGAACGACAAGAUCACACUCGAGCAUCUGCAGCUGAACGAUGAUGAUGCUCCGAGGACUAACAUGACUAUCACAGGGAAGUUGAACCCCGAGGAUGGCGCCAUCUUUCUGAAAGUGCAGAUAGCCGAUAAAGAAGGUGGUGUGAGAAAUGUUUUCUUUCCCUUUGAUAUUGUGAGUGAUACCCCGAUUGAUGUCGCGAAUGAGAUGGUGAAGGAGCUCGAGAUAAUGGACUGGCGGCCAUCAGAGAUAGCCAACAUGAUCGACGGGGAGAUCUCAGGUCUGGUUCCAAACUGGAAGGCUGAGAAUCCUCACUCAGCUCACCUUCAUGUACUAAGCUAUCAAGAAGAUUAUUAUGAUCACCACAACCUUUUCUCGCCAUCUUCGUCGUCCCAGGUCUCGGCCUUGGGAUCAACCGCGUCUCACGCGAAGCCCCACUCACUACAAGGUGACUUGUUUGAUGACACCAGUUCCCAGAGCUCCACACAUUCUGAGAAGUAUUCUAACUGGGCUUACUACUCUGCAGAUGAACACGAACACGAACAUGUAGUAAGCCCAAAAAGACUCGGACAAACAGGUAAUGAAGACACAGUAAUUCCUUCAAGGUUCUAUCCCGGAAAAAAUUCAGCCACAGGGCUAAAACACUCCGUGGAAACCCCUAGACUUACUAGGAACCGGUCUUUAGUUGAUACUCGAAGCCAGCUGCUGCACCGGUCACUAGUGGACGAGGUUAACAGAAGGCGAUUGUUCAAGACCGUUGAUGCAGUUGAGAAUAUAGGAUUCCGAUCUCCUUAUGAAGCUCCGACUAAGACUACACGAGGAACCAAUGGUGCUUAUCCGGUUAUGCUCACGGGUCAUGCUAAAAGGCAAGAUCAGAGUGCAAGGAGAGGCUAAUCACAUCUAACUAUCUAAGUAAGUAUAGCUCUUUCACAAAUGUAUAUGGUGAAUCAACUUAGUUUUAUGCCAAAUAUAUAUGAAUUGUUGCUUAGAAGCAUUCCUCAUUUUGAUGUUUCUCUUCUGUUUUAUCGAGUGUUGUCGUGUGUAUAGCUGGUGUCGUUAGAUAGUCCACGUAUUUCACCAGGUGUAGCAUCGAGACGAGAUGUUGCACGUGGACGGGGCCGAGGUCCUAUAGAGCAUCUUGGUGUAGCAUUUCUCCUUAGAAAUUUAGGAAUGAGGAGUGAUGAAGCAUAAAGUGUUGAUUAGAAAAAAGUUUGUACACAUUCUUGUCAUCUCAGUGUAUAGGACAGCUAUAUUUUCCACAUUCAUUCAUCCAAAAAAGGUGAUAGAAAAUUUGGGAUUUGAUGCUAA